AUGAGUGUCGACGCGUAUGGCCCAAGUUCUCAAACACUCACAUUCUUAGAAACCGAAGAAGCAGAUCUAAUCGGUGCUGACACACAGGGAUCUGAGUUUGAAUUUACAGACUUUACAUUACCAUCUCAGAGCCAAACACAAGCAUCACAACACGAUCAUGGAAUAACUUCAUCCAACCAAAUUAAUGGACUCGGUCGUGGAGACCUUCAUUCGAAAGUAUCAAGUGUAGCUAAUGCAAUCGCGGAACUGCAGUUCGAAGAGGAGGAUGAAGCUUUGUAUAGUAGCAAGGAACUGCCAGAACAUGCUUGCAAGUAUUGUGGCAUUCACGAUCCCGCCACAGUUGUUAUGUGCAACAUCUGCAACAAGUGGUUUUGCAAUGGCCGUGGAAACACCUCUGGAUCUCACAUCAUUAAUCAUCUAGUGAGAGCUAAACAUAAAGAAGCAGCACUUCAUAGAGAUGGUCCAUUGGGAGAAACAUUAUUGGAAUGUUAUUCAUGUGGGGCUCGUAAUGUUUUUGUUCUCGGUUUUAUACCAGCAAAAGCCGACUCAGUUGUUGUCCUUCUGUGCCGACAGCCAUGUGCCGCCCAAAGCUCUCUCAAGGAUAUGAACUGGGAUCAAGAGCAAUGGAAACCACUUAUUUCUGACCGUGCAUUUCUGUCUUGGCUUGUAAAGGUACCUUCGGAAGCUGAACAAAUGAGGGCAAGACAAGUGACUCCUCAACAAAUUGGACGUCUUGAAGAACUAUGGCGUGAUAAUGUUGAUGCUACUUUCCAAGAUUUAGAAAAGCCUGGUGUAGAUGAAGAGCCCCAUCAAGUACUCCUGAGAUAUGAGGAUGGAUAUCAAUAUCAGAAUAUAUUUGGCCCUCUCGUUAAACUAGAAGCUGAUUACGACAAGAGGCUCAAAGAGUCUCAAACCCAGGAAGGCAUUGAAGUGCGUUGGGAUGUGGGUCUCAAUAAGAAAACCAUUGCAUAUUUCACUCUCGCCAAGACAGAUAGUGACAUGAAACUUAUGCAUGGAGACGAACUGAGAUUGAGAUAUGUUGGCGAGCUGCAUAAAGCAUGGUCUGGUGUGGGUCAUGUCAUUAAAGUUCCUGAUAAUUAUGGCGAUGACGUCGGUUUAGAACUGAAGAGUGGGGCCGGAGCACCCCUUGAAUGCACUUCCAACUUUGUUGUUGAUUUUAUAUGGAAGAGUACAUCGUUUGACAGAAUGCAACUCGCUCUACGUAAGUUUGCAGUAGACGAUUCCUCAGUUUCUGGGUACAUCUAUCGUCGCUUAUUAGGUCAUGAGGUAGAAGAGGUAUUGUUCCGCGUACACUUGCCGAAACACUUCAGCGCUCCGAACUUACCCGAUCUUAACAGAUCCCAGGUGUAUGCAGUGAAGCACGCACUCCAACGUCCAUUGUCUCUGAUCCAAGGACCUCCAGGUACUGGGAAAACCGUUACAUCUGCGACCAUUGUAUACCAGCUCGUACGCCAAAACGGUGGCCCUGUACUAGUAUGCGCUCCGUCCAACACCGCCGUAGACCAACUGACUGAGAAAAUACACCGAACCGGACUGAAAGUAGUUCGUCUCUGUGCAAAAUCCAGGGAGGCUAUGGAAUCUUCAGUUUCCUUCUUGGCCUUACACGAACAAGCACGUGCUUUAGGCUCCGCUGAUAGUGAACUUCGCAAGUUAACUAGGCUGAAGGAGGAGGCUGGUGAAUUGUCGGCCGCUGAUGAGAGGAGGUACCGUGCGCUUCGUAGAGCGGCCGAGAGACGAUUGCUUGACGCGGCCGAUGUUGUAUGUACUACCUGCGUCGGUGCUGGCGAUCCCAGGGUUGCACGGAUGAGGUUCCAAUCCAUCCUCAUCGAUGAAGGCAUGCAGUCUACGGAACCUGAGUGUAUGGUGCCCGUAGUACUUGGAGCGAGGCAAUUAAUCCUCGUCGGUGACCAUUGUCAGUUGGGUCCCGUGGUUAUGUGCAAAAAAGCCGCAAAAGCCGGUCUCAGUCAGAGUCUUUUCGAACGACUCGUAGUUCUAGGCAUUCGCCCCUUCCGCCUAGAAGUGCAAUAUCGUAUGCACCCAGAGCUCUCCCGCUUUCCAUCAGAUUUCUUUUACGAAGGAUCGCUUCAAAAUGGCGUUAGUGCGGAGGAGAGGCGAUUGCACAAAAUCGAUUUCCCAUGGCCAAGACCCGAUAGGCCUAUGUUCUUUUACGUCACUCAGGGUCAAGAGGAAAUAGCUGGAUCAGGAACAUCGUACCUAAAUCGAACAGAAGCUGCAAAUGUUGAAAAGUUGACGACUCGCUUCUUGAAAGCUGGUGUACGUCCGGAACAAAUCGGUAUCAUCACUCCAUACGAGGGUCAAAGAUCAUACCUCGUACAGCACAUGCAGUAUCAAGGCAGUCUGCACGCUAAGUUAUAUCAAGAGAUUGAAGUCGCCAGUGUGGACGCUUUCCAGGGCCGGGAAAAAGAUAUCAUAAUAAUGUCAUGCGUCCGGUCCAACGAACAUCAAGGAAUCGGGUUUUUGAGCGAUCCGCGUCGUUUGAACGUGGCGUUAACACGCGCCAAAUACGGCUUAAUUGUGGUCGGAAAUCCGAAGGUUCUCAGCAAACAGCCGCUGUGGAACCACCUGCUAGCCUUCUACAAGGAGCGACGCGUGCUAACCGAGGGGCCUUUGUCUAAUCUGAAAGAGUCGGCGAUACAGUUCGCAAAGCCGAAGAAAUUGGUGAACGCUCAGAAUCCUGGCUCGCACUUCAUGUCGACGUCGAUGUUCGACGCUCGCGAGGCGAUGGUCCCGGGGUCCGUGUACGACCGCGCCCGUCCUCCUCGUGACCCGCUCGCCUACGUCGGCCACGAGCACGCGGCGUCGCUCCACGCUCCCGUCCCGCCGGCAGCCUUCGCCGCUCACCGUCCGCAGCAGCGCGCCCCGCCGGACGCGACGCGCUCCCGCCGCCGGCCGCCGCGCCUCUCACAGGAGCCGCUGUCCCAGCAGCCGCCGCUGUCACUGUCGCAGGGCGCUUCGCAGCCGGACUUCAGCCAGGAGUCCUCCGCGCCGGACUGCCCGUCGCAGCCGGACGGGUUGCUGUCCCAGGACUCCACGUACCAGGGAGGGUUCCGCGCGCGCUGUGCCCAGUACUGA